AUGGCCAUGUCAAUACAAGAAACACAUUCAUACAGAAGUUUGAAUGACGAUUCGGUGUUAUCAAUGAGCAGUGCUGCUGGCAUCACUCAUGAACCAAGUAUGAAUAGCACCAUCGAUAGCUCGACAAAUUCAAGUACCAAAUUAUCAUCAUUUUUAACACAGAACGCGCAUGAAGAGCUCGAUUCAAAACCAUAUUAUUCUUCAGUAGAGGGAAUGGAUAUUACACAAAGUGAUGCUUAUGAUAUUUUUGCAAACAAGUUGGUGAAGCAUUUAAUUGAAAAUCUACGAGCUAAGUAUCUCCAUGAAGAUUAUGCUCGGGUGAUUCUUAUGAGACGUGGGGAAACUGUUUCGGAAGUAUUCACGAAUUGGACGGUGAACGCCUUUGACGAUUCGAACCUCUACGUGUCAUGA